AUGUCUGGAAAUAAGUGCCAAUAUUUAAAUUGUGGCAAAUCGAAGACGAAAAUGCGUGUUAAAUUAGCAGCACAAUUGUUAAGCAAUUCCAUGUCAGCAGCAAUUCGAACUUGCAUACAAACAGGACAACUUCAAAGUAACACUUCAUCAAAUACUGCAGAUUUUAUUGAGUUUAUUAAUAAUUUAUUCGAUUGUCUUAAUAGCAGGUCUUUAUAUAGCAAUAAUCCAUAUCUAUGUGCUUUAACUGAUGUAGGUACUGUAAAAAAUUUUUUAAUAGGAGCUUCAGAAUACUUCAUAAAUUUGCAAAAAUUAAAAAAAGGAAAGUUAACACAACCGCCCUGUUUUAAAGGUUUUACGCAGACCAUUAAUGGUGUUUUGCAAUUUUUCGAAGCAGAGAAAUCUAAUGACAUUGUAUUUUUAAUGACUAAUCGUUUAAAUCAGGAUAGGUUAGAAAAUCUUUUUAGUAUUUUUCGACAAAAUGGUGGUUAUAACAAAAACCCAACAGCCAGAACGAUCAGAACUUCGAUAAGAAGUAAUUGUAUUUUUUCUUUAUGUACAUCUAAAAGGACAAAUUGUGAGGCAGCACAAGAAGAUGCUAAUCCAGUUAUAAUUGAUCCAGUUAGACCACUAAAUAAAAUAGAUUUUAACAGUUCAACAUUAUCUUCAGAUUCAGAUACAGAAUGUAAUUCUAAUUUAUCUCUCUGUAUUUUAUCAUCUGAUGAGGACUCAGUCAAUAUUGAUAAUAAUACUGAUGUUUCUUUAGAAGACUGCUCUGUUACAUAUUUUGCAGGAUAUCUGGGCUAUAAAUGUAUGAACAAAUUUAAUUGUAACCAAUGUCAACUUGAAUUAUUCAUGGAUAAAAACUUAAACGAUAAAAAACAAUUACUUUUAAUUAAUAAAAAUUAUAUUUCUAUUAAUAAUGAAAGUGGACUUAAAGCACCAUCAAAUAAUUUCAAUAAUGUUGUAAAUAAAAUGUUGAAUAUUUUUGAAAACAACUAUGAAAAAUAUUUAAAUAAAAAGAAAAUUAGAUUUCAAUUAACUGAGCUUGUAAAAAAUAAUAAAACAGUUAUAAAAUGGUUAGAUGAAUCAAUGAAAAACUGUUUAGAGCAUAAAAUGUAUAUAAUUGAUCAACUUUUAAUUUGUAAAAUAUUUAAUAAAACAAAAAUGUUUUCAACCACAUCAAAAUUAGCUAAACUUUCAAAAUUAAAAAUAUUAAACCACAUUUAA